CAAAAUCUGGAAAAAAGUUUUUAAAAGAGGAAAAAAAGGCAGAGAAUAUUAAUAAAGAGUGAGAAAAAAAAAGGUCCAAGUGAAAUGGUGCAUGUGUGUAUAAUAUGUGUUGGUGUAUAUGCAUGACACCAAAUCAAUGAAAAGAUUCAUAAUGAAUCUACCUCAGAAAAUUUUCAUUUAAAAUAAACCCAACUUGAGAGAAAAAUUCAUAUCAAGUAUAGUCAUGGAGAAUUGAUUUUCAUUCAUUUUUCUUUGACCCUCUUAACUCAUCUCUCUACUUCAGCUUCUUGAUUUUUCUAUAGAUAUGGCAACAUCAUUUUCAGCUGCAUCUUUCUUUACAAUCUCACAAGAGGAUCAGAAUCAGAUGAAUCAACAGAAUUCAUCAACACCUUCAUCAUCAACAACUCCAACUGCACCACCUCAGAAGAAAAGGAGAAACCAACCUGGAACACCAAAUCCAGAUGCAGAAGUGAUAGCACUAUCUCCCAAGAGCCUAAUGGCAACAAACAGAUUUGUAUGUGAAGUGUGCCAAAAAGGGUUCCAAAGGGAGCAAAAUUUACAACUACAUAGAAGAGGACACAAUUUGCCUUGGAAGCUAAAGCAAAAGAGUAACAAAGAGCCAAAGAGAAAGGUUUAUUUGUGUCCAGAACCAACAUGUGUUCACCAUGACCCUUCAAGGGCUCUUGGUGACCUCACUGGAAUUAAGAAACACUAUUUUAGAAAGCAUGGUGAGAAAAAAUGGAAGUGUGAAAAGUGUUCUAAGAAGUAUGCUGUUCAAUCUGAUUGGAAAGCUCAUUCUAAAACUUGUGGUACUAAGGAGUAUAGAUGUGACUGUGGCACUCUCUUCUCCAGAAGAGACAGUUUCAUCACACACAGGGCUUUUUGUGAUGCACUUGCUCAAGAAAGUUCAAGACAACCACAUCCAAACCUAAUCACCAACACUUCCAUUAAUAACUCCCAACUAUUUCGAAAUAUUAGUAACAACAACAAUAACAUGUCCUUAGCCUUGUCUCAAAUUCCUCAACAACAUAUCUCUUCCAUUCAUGGCCAAAACGACAACAAUCAAACUAGUGAAAUCUUGCGUUUUGGCAACGCAAGAACUGCACAAUUUAACAACAUUCUAUCCCCACCCCCACAACAAACUCUUCAAACCCCUCCAUUUAAUUUCAUCACACAACAAAACCAAAAUUACCAUCAUGACCAAUCACAAUUCCAAGGAUUAAUAUCAUUGUCUGAACUCAACAACAACAACAUGUUUUCUGAAAACUUCAACAAUGAAGGGUCAAAUGAUUUCUUCUCAGAAAAUUCUAUAAUGUUUGAUCAUAAUAACCAAACAAACCCUAUCUCUCCUCACAUGUCAGCAACUGCUUUGCUUCAAAAAGCUUCUCAAAUGGGUGCAACUUCAAGCACCACCACCACCAACAAUACUUCUUCUUCAAUACUAAGAAGCUUUGGUCAUGUUUCUUCUUCUGCAGCAACAAAAGUUAAUGGUGCUGGUGAUGGACUCACAAGGGAUUUUCUUGGAGUUGGUCAAAUAGUUAUGAGAAACAUGAAUGGAGGAGUUGGUCAAAGAAGUCAACGUAACUUCAACUUGGAAUCAGAGAAUAAUGGAAAUAUUGGUGGUGGAGGGAACUUUGAGUGACUGUGUGAAUCUUUGUUGGACAUGCAGUGCUUGAAAGAAAAAACAAAAGGAUGUCCAUUUUGUUGCACAAGAAGAAAAAAACUCAUGCAAGUCCAUAUAAUUUAGUUUUCGGGAGCAGCAUUGUGGAAUCAUAUAUAUAAUAUAUCGGAGUUUAACUAUGUAUAUAUUAUUAUAACUAUAUAAGCAUAAGAAAACAAAAAAAAAUGUAAGUUGGAAGUACAUGAAAAUUGGUAUUAGAUUUCAAACCAAUUUCUUUCAAAUUUUCGUGGUGUAACUUAAUAGAUUUUCUUGUAAGAUGUUUUAACAUGUAAUGUAAAUUGGAGUACAAGUCACAGCAUUGUAUCAUAAUUUAUAUAUAGAAAUAUUAUCAUCA